AUGGGCCAAGCAGAGGAUUACACCAUCGGCUGGAUUUGUGCCAUUAACACAGAAUACGUUGCCGCACAAGCAUUUCUCGAUGAAAAGCACGAUGACCUCCCAUAUCUCCCGCGCACCAAAAAUGACUAUACCGUGGGUAGAAUGGGGAAGCAUAACGUCGUGAUCUCCGUUUUACCCAUGGGAGAAUACGGCACAUCCUCAGCAGCCCGAGUAGCGGAUGAUAUGAUGAAUUGCUUUCCUAAUGUGCGCAUCGGCCUCAUGGUUGGCAUCGGUGGUGGUGCACCAAGCAAAAAGCAUGAUAUCCGCCUCGGAGAUGUUGUCGUCAGCAUUCCUCGCAAUGGCCAGAGCGGUGUUUUACAAUAUGAUUUUGGGAAGACAGUACAAGGCGAAGACUUUGAGCCUACCGGGUCUCUCGAUCAGCCACCUACCGUUCUCCGUGCAGCAGUCAAUGGCGUCCAAUCCCAGUAUGCGCAGGAAGGUCAUCAGCUUGAGGAUAUGCUGAAUAGCAUUCUUGAGAAGAAGCCACGACUGCGUAAGGGAUAUCAGCGCCCGGAUCUAGCUACCGAUCGCUUAUACAGAAGUGAUGUUGUCCACCCAUCACGGAGCGAAGAAUCUUGUACUACAACGUGUGGGGAUGAUUCGUCUGAUCUAGUAUUGCGAAGACCACGCACUGAAGAAGACGACAAUCCAGCUAUCCACUACGGCCUAAUCGCCUCAGCCAAUCAACUCAUGAAAGACGCCUUGAUUCGUGAUAAAUGGGCUGCGCAGAUGGAUAUCCUUUGCUUUGAGAUGGAAGCGGCUGGCCUGAUGAACAAUUUCCCUUGCCUUGUGAUUCGUGGUAUCUGCGACUAUUCCGAUUCACAUAAGAACAAAGACUGGCAAGGAUAUGCGGCGAUGGUUGCAGCAGCCUAUGCCAAAGAUCUUUUGCAUCGCCUCCGUCCCCAACAGGUGGAACAGCAGGCGAAAGUGGCCGAUAUUGUGAAAGAGGGUGAUCAUCAUACGCACAUCUCAUUCGGGAAUCACAACUCUGGCUUUCAGAUUGGUACAAAUCACGGUCAGGUCAAUGGAAAUAUUAGAGCCUAA